AUGCAAAACCAAACGCUGUCUUUUAACAUCAUCAAUCUCAUAAAUAUGGUUGUAGGAAUAUUUGGGAGCUGGGAUGUAAGUAUUUUUGCGAAACCGGAGGAAACAUUCCAGUUGAAGUUAGAGAAGAAUGCUGUUUAUCCGUUUGAUGAAAUCGAUGAAGAUCGAUACGAGGUUGCAUUCCGUUCGCCUUGGCUCGGAAUCUCUGCAGGUAUUCUGACUGGACUCACACUCAGCAUGGUUAUAUUCUACGCUUCGACAAAACCUGAUCAAUAUAUAUCGUUUUUCUUCAUCGCAAUCGCCGUCAUGCUUUACACCGCGUAUAUGUACAAGGAUAUGCGCAGACUCACAUUAGAUAUUGCAAAUUCUCGAUAUGAAUUUCGAAUCAAAGAUCGUCUGAUAUAUCGAGGUCAUGUUCAUAAUAUCUAUAUUCGCCUUGUCGGCCAAAACAGUGGUGCCGGUGACGUAUAUUACAAAGUUGUACUGAAUGGCUACCACUCAGAAGAGCUACCAUUAACAUCGUCAACAGUACGCAAGGAGAAACUGGAGAAGCUGGGUAAGAAGCUAGCAGCGAGACUGAAUUUGAAUUACUUUGAUUGGUUAGAUAGGUCAACGAAACACGUCAUCAGACAUCGGUGUCCCUACGAGUCUCCCACUUCUCCCAUUCAAUGCUCAGGUUACGAACUUAAUUAG